AUAUUUCAUGCCUCUUGUUCUCAAGUCAAUGCAAGUUAAAAGGAGCUUAAUGACAUUAUCAUCAGAUGCCAUUCAAGCAGCACCACUUCAUAUUGCUUUCAAUAGUGGAUAUGUACCUCCUGGUUUCUUCACUCGCUUUGUGGUUGUACUUGCCAAUGCCAAAGGAAUGGAGCUUUGUUUUGAGAAAGGUGUCUACAGAAACCGCAUCACAUUCCGUUAUCAGGAUCCCAACAGCACCACUAUUGAGCAUGUAAUAGUCACUGAUUGUACUGAUGUCAUUCAGAUCAAUGUAGUACAACAUCAUCGUCAUCUUGAUCAAGAAGUAGUUUUCUUUACAAAAAUUUGUCAAGCUAUUCGAGUUCUUUUAGAAGAUGCAGCAAAAGAAGUUGAAGAAAUUUUAAAGAAGUGUGCCAGUGGAUGGACUGAUGAGAACAAGCCCACCCGAUAUAUAUUCACACACAAGUUUAAGUACGUCUGCACUAGCUGUCCUUUGACCGAGUCACCUGAUUACCUAACACUUCCACCAGCAAAUUCAACUCAGGAUUCUCAAGUGUUUUGUGACAAAAAUACGAAUGACUACCGUGCUCUUACUAAACAGGAGAAGGUUUGGUUUAAAGACACAAGUCAGUCUGAGAGGAGAACGAAAGAGGAAGCCCUUACUAGCUCUGAUGAGUCUCAUGCAAAACUGCUAGACAUUAGUGAUCUUGAUGAUGUCAUUGAAGGGUUAGAGUCAGUUGAUUACACCAAGUGGAAAACAUUGGGUGUCCACUUAGGACUGUACCACACUACACUGGAUGCCAUUAAAGCAGAUCAUGGAAAUGUUAAAGAUUGUCUGAUGGAGUGCAUGGCUGCCUGGUUAAAAGGAAAAGAUAAAGUGAGAGAGAAAGGAGGUCCCAGUUGGUCGUCAUUAGCUACAGCACUAGAAAAAAUUGGAGCAAAUGACAUUGCUAUUAACAUUAAAGCAAAGUAGUGUAGGCCAUAAUUUUGCUGCUAUUAUUAUUUUUAGAUUAGCAUUUUUGUAGUAUUAGUUUUUUGUAGCAUUAGUUUUUUGUAGUAUUAGAUUAUUUUUCAUAUUUUGUAGCAUUAGACUUAGUACUGAUUUUUUGUAGUUUCACAUAUAUUUACUGCUGCUUUGUUUUGACUUAAAAUUAAAAUUUUUCAUGA